AUGACAGAAAAUAAUAACAAUAAUAAAAACGAUGACAAAAAUCAGUCAUUACAAAAAGAAUCCAAAAAAGAAAUUACUACUCCAAAAAAAGUUAGUGAACCCAUGGAUAUAGUUGUUGGUUUUCAAUCUGGUGCUAACCGGGUGCGACAAUACGGAGGCGAAGUUGAAUACGGCAAAGAAUAUGUAAAAUUGGACGAUAAUAUUGUUUAUGGAAGAGAAUAUGUAAAAUAUAGAAACCAAAACAAUCAAUUAGCAAAUGAAUUAAAAACCGAGUUUAAAGCUCAAGAGGAAAAUAACAAAGCAUUAGAGAAUAUCGUUAACAACCAAAAAUUAGCAGCCAAACAAGAAAAUUUUUCACAAGAAGAAGAAAAAAAAGUUGAAUCUAUGUUAAUUGUAUUUGUUGGCAUCCCUGGUUCGGGCAAGUCAAGUAUUGUCAAGGAAUUAGCUAAUUUGCUAAAUGUAAGGUAUUUUGCGGAACCGGAAGAAGAGAAUCGGAAUCGUCCAACUGACAAUGAUGAAGAAUUUUUAAAAAACUUUGAAACUCAAAGGUUUCUUUUGGAAGCAACCAAAAAAUUAUGUGAAGAAAAAGGCAUAGAGUUAAUUACUUUUCCUCGCGGCAUUUCCUCGAUUGAAGAUUCGGCAGCAAAAAUUAAAAGCCUUUUGGAGGAAAAACUAUGGCCUAGCGGUAAGGCACCUGGUUUGGGACCAGGGGAUCGAUUUGAUCUAAACGAUUAUGAAUUAAUAUCUUUUAUUAGAAAUAAAUUGAGUUAUAAUGCGGACAAUAUAUUUGUUGACGGCAGUAAUAUAGAAACAUUUAGAGAAAUUUAUCAGAAAAGUUUGGAACAAGAGCAACAAGAACAAUCAGAGAAUUCCCAAAUGCAAGAAGAGACAAACCAAUCAUUUGGUCUAGAUUUUCUGUUUGAUGAAAAUGAUGAAGAUAGAGAAUUGCGAAAGGCUCUGGCUCUUUCACGAGGAGAAUGA